AUGGAAUGCCCUGUGAGUUCAUCAAUAAACAAACAAGUUUUUUCAAAUGAAAGAGCUGAUGCAUCUGAAGAGAGUGGUUGGACUGCUUAUUUGGAGGAUUUUUCAUUAAACCAAACAAAACAUAGUCCAUCAUCAUGUUCCAUGGAUAGCUUUGGGAGCCCUUCUUUGGUGUCUGAUGCUGCAUGGAACGGGCAGAAAAACAAUCAAGUCAGGCCGUGUUCUUCAUUGUAUGGCUCGCAAUUUCCUAAGAGAUUGAAUUUCAAGAAUCAUAGGAUGAGUAAGAAAAUGUCUUCUGAUGAUUUGGAGGAUACAGCUAGUUCUCCUGUCAAUAGCCCUAAGGUUAGCAGUUGGAAACAAGUGGAUGCUAACUACAAGAGAUCAGAUGAUAGUAUAUCCAAUUUAGUGGUGGGUAAACAAGAUGGCUUAGAUAAUUUAUCAGAUUUACAUAGAAACAAUAUGAAUAUUGCUGAUGGAAGAGAUAUUGAAGGAACAGACCUCGAGAAAAAGGGACUGUGUUUGAUGCCUAUGUCCGUGUUCGUCAACUAUCUUGGCUGA